AUGAGUGCGUAUGACGCUUUAAGAUCGGGAUUUAUCUUUACUGAUGAGGACGAUACAGUCCCACAAUAUGAAAAUCUGGACAAUGAGGACGAGGAAGCAGCUGAAGUUCUCGAAGAAUAUAACGAACGGUCAGUGCAGCAGACUCCUAGUGAAACGUUUGUAAUAAAAGCUGGCUCUAACUUCACGCCCAAUGAUGAUAAUGUGAUAGUUGAUGCAGAUAAUAUCAUAGUGGGAUUGAAAGUAAAUGAAUAUAUAUUACUAAAUGGUCAAUGUACGCUAACAAUACAAAGAGGAGCGAUUUUAAUUAAUAAGAAACAUUAUUUGCAUGCUGGAGAUACAGGCUACGAUAUAAUAUGUUCCACUGCUCAGGCAUUACCUAUAAUAUCAAGCACACAAGUGCUUGAUAGAACCUCCAUCAAGGACACUAAGACUAAGGAGAAUCUGCAUUUAUUUUCAAGUGAUUACAAGUCUGUAGUCAAGUUACAGAAUUUCUAUACUGGCUUACAGGAUAUCGGAAAAUACUAUAGUCCCUUCAAGAAUAUGUUUCAUUCUAAUAUAAUAGAGGAAGACCUUUCGGAGUUUGAAAAACUUUUUCAAACUUAUUCAUUUGAAAUAAUACUUAGACACGGUUUCAAUGGGUUAGAUAUUGGCAAGACAUGGUCCACAGGCUUGGAUAAUCUACUAAAUAAUAUGGAUUCUCAAGAUGCAGAAUGCCACACUGACUCUCAGGUUAUCAUGGUCAUAGGUAAUAAAAACAGUGGAAAGUCUACCUUGACGAAAACAAUUGCUAAUGAGUUGAUUUUAAACAGACAGAGGAUUGUAUCAUUUUUAGACCUAGACCCCGGACAAUCAGAGUUUUCUGUCCCUUACUGCUUGUCAUUGACCACGAUUUCGAAACCUAUUUUCGGACUAGCAUUUCCCAACACAGAAAAUAACUGCUAUUAUGGGUUUAAUACCCCCCAAAUUCAUCCAGGGCGAUAUGUAGCAAUUGCCAAAUCAUUAAUUGAAACUUUUUUCAAAUACUACAAACCAAAGGGAUAUCAUUUGGUCAUUAAUACUCCCGGCUGGAUAAAGGGUUAUGGUAAAGAACUAUUAACCGAAAUUACUUCAUUAGCAAAUCCAGACCAGCUUAUAACAUUAGGAGGUAACGGCAUUGAAGAUCUCACUUUUAAGAAUCAUAUGGAAUUCCCAGGCAUUUUUCAGACGUCCAAAUACUCCCCUUCUCAGCUAAGGACUUUCAAUAAGUUAACGUAUUUUCACCAACUUGAUAACGAUGGAAGUUUGCGCUUCUCUUUUGAGAACCAUCUUUUAGUCCAAUCACCUUUGAGGCUUUCGUACGAAACACUGUCACCCCUUCAAGGAAUCAAUCUUGUCUCAGUUUUGGGAUAUGACAUAGGCAUAAGCUUUGACAUAAAAGAUUUGCUUUUAAUGAUAGACUCUUCCAUAAUGUCUCUCUAUGUCAUAGAAGAAGAAGUAUUCAGCACAAUCGAAUCUUUGAAAGUUGGGUAUGAGAACUUUCCCAGAUAUUUAAACUACAAGCAGUUGGAUGAACUUACUGAGUCUAAAUUCAUUGGUUUGUGUAUGAUCCAUAGCAUCAACCAAGAAGAGCAGUAUUUCAACUUGUAUCUUCCUCCACAGCCUCUCAAAGAACUCAAAUACCAUCUUCUGAAUAACUACAAGCUCCUACUAAUAAAAGGAGACGGCGAAAUUCCAACCACUGAAAUGUUGAACGAUGACAUUGUCUUCGCCUAUUAUAAAGCCAAAAAGAAAAAUAAGAAUCCCAAGAUUCCAUAUAUAUCUUGGGAAAAUCAGAAUCGAGUCGGUGGGAUCUGGAAAGUUAGGCGUAAUGUUAUGAGAAGAAGUCACAGACAUUAA